AUGACACAUAAUGAAUGUUUGUUUUGUAAUAUAUAUAACGGAAAAGAACCAGCCCACGUAAUAUAUAAAGAUGAGGAUGUGGUCAUUUUUAAAGACCUUUAUCCUGCAUCCGAAAAUCAUUUUCUUCUAGUACCAAAAACUCAUAUUUUGAAUGCUAAACACCUUACAAAAGAACAUAUACCAUUAGUUGAAAAUUUAGUCAAACAUGCUCAACGUAUUGUAUUAGAAUAUAACGGUGAUAUUUGUGAUGCAAGAUUUGGAUUUCAUUGGCCUCCUUUUAAUUCAAUUUCACAUUUACAUUUACAUGCAAUAUUUCCUGCUUCUGCAAUGUCAUUCAUAAAAAAAAUUAUAUUUAAAGAAGGGACUUUUUGGUUUGUUAAUGUGAGUAAAACUGAUAAUUAUUAUUAUUAUUAUUUGAUAUUGAUAAGAAUAGCAUUUAUUAUUUUAUUUUUUUUUUUUUUUAGCCUCAGUAUGUCCUACACAGGUUAG